AUGGUUUCUACCCCUGUGCUGUAUCAUGGAGCCAGGGUCUUGCGUGAGUUCCAGUUGCCCAUACUAGACACCCAGCCAGAAUUUCAGGCUCAACAAGAAGUACAGACUGAAUCUGCCCCAGCGAUGAAAUGGGACAUGGAACCCAAUGCACUCACUGAAAGCUUUCUUUGA